AAACUCCGUAGUUCUGCUGCAUGACCUCAUCCAUACACUGUAGGAGGUGAGGGGAGACCAGUCCUGCCCACGGCCAGAUGCCAAAAGGGGCAAAGUGCAAAAUAGCAGCCGAGGAAAGGAGCGGACAACAGAUCACAAGAACUGUGAAAGGCUCACUUAAAAACGCUUCAGCAACUCACUCUCAGCAGGAAUCAUUGAUAGAAACAGUGCCUCUUGGUUUGUGGACUGCUGACUAAACCUGAGGCUGGAAGACUGCGAUUCUCCACCUGAGUCCCAUUAGAAAGUCCUCAGUGUUGUGGUCCAGUGGUAACCAUGACGACAGCAGAGCCACCUAAGGGAGUGUGGCAUCGGAACAUCAAGUCCCGUCAGUCAGAUGAGAUAUCCACACAUGCUGGAGACCAUAAUAAUUUACAAGACGAAGAUAUAAGACAGUGGCAGAAACAUGCACAGAAGGUGAAGAUGAAAGUCCUGGAGCAGGUCCACGAUCAGCUCACUGAUUUAUUAGACAGAGCUCUGACUGAGUCUGUCCAGGCUUUUACCCAAACACAGCCAACAGUUAAUGGAAAGACAACGACAAAACCCUCAUCCAGAUCUCAGAAAAUGGAUGACGGCAAAGUGUUUAUGGCCAGACCAUCACUGUUGGAUGAAUUGUUUGAGAUCAACCACAUCAGGACCAUCUACCACAUGUUCAUCGCUGUGCUUCUCAUCUUUUGUCUGAGCACGCUGGCUGUGGACUACAUCGACACGGGCAGGUUGGUCUUGGAGUUUGACUUGCUGUUCUUCGCCUUCGGGAAGCUGGGGACAGUCACCUGGGCCUGGGUUGUGAUGUUUGUCUACACCCUGCUCGUCCCUUUUUACACUCUGGUGUUUUGGGGAUCUUUGUACCACAACUUGCCCUCUAAGUUGGGGCUGUCUCUCGUCACGGGCCUGGUCCUGUCUGCAGUGCAGACCUGCGUGCUGGGACUGUUCCCCAUCUAUGUGGCUGUGCACUACCAGCUGCCUCCGGCCUCACGGUUCAUUGUGAUACUUGAGCAGAUUCGAUUCCUGAUGAAGAGCUACUCAUUCAUAAGAGAAACUGCUCCUGUUAUUAUGAAGAACAAACCAAAGGAAGGAGAAAGUCCCAGAUUCCCAUCAUUUUCCAGCUACCUGUACUUCCUCUUCUGUCCAACACUCAUCUACAGGCAAUCAUAUCCUCGGAAUCCUCACAUAAGAUGGAAGUAUGUUGGCACCACACUUGGUAUGAUCUUGGGAUGCUUAUUUUACGGCUACUUCAUCCUGGUCCGCCUUUGUGUGCCAGUCUUCAGACCCGAGACCAACCAGCCUUUGAAUAAGCGAACGAUGGUUCUGGCUGUGUUCCACUCAAUAUUACCAGGUAUAAUGCUCCUUCUGUUGUGUUUCUUUGCCUUCCUGCACUGCUGGCUCAACCUCUUCGGGGAGCUGCUGCGUUUCGCUGACAGAAUGUUUUACAAGGACUGGUGGAACUCGACGUCUUUCGCCAACUAUUAUCGAACCUGGAACGUAGUAGUUCAUGACUGGCUGUUUUACUACGGAUAUAGAGACUUCCUCUGGCUGUCGAAAAGGAAAUUCCGAACAGCUGCCAUGCUCUCGGUGUUUAUUGUCUCUGCUGUAGUCCAUGAGUACGCCUUGGGCAUGGGCUUCGGCUUCUUCUAUCCCGUCAUGUUUUGUCUCUUUGCUGUCUUUGGAGUGGUGUUCAACUUUACCAUGAAUGACAAGCGCCAGAGCCCUGUGUUCAACGUCAUCAUGUGGACAUGUCUCUUCAUCGGUCAGGGUGUCCAGGUGUGUCUUUACUGCCAGGAGUGGUACGCUCAGAUACACUGCCCUCCAACAAAGAACAGCUUCUGGGAGUUGGUGACGCCUCGAUCAUGGUCCUGCAGCUACCAGAGAUGAUGCUGCCUUUCUGCUGGAGGGAUAAAUGAUGGAAGGAUGGAGGUCUGAAAAACAGGAAAGACUGGACACAGGAGAGAGCAAGGAACCUUUGAAACCAAGAGCAACAUCACUUCUUUUGCACUGCUGUCAGACGCCCUUCACAGUAUUCAUACCUUUUAACCCUAUGUAAAUUGGUGCAGUAUCUUAAAACAAAAGGCAAUGAGCACUUUUGGUAAGAAAUGCUCCAUGAAUUUAAUAAUAGAUUUAGAACUUUAUUUUUAAAAAAGCAAGGCAAAAAUGUCUAUGUUAAAAAAAAGAAAACUAUGUUUACAUCAUAACUACAUAUCAAGUAUUAUUUAAUUGAAUUUUUUUAUUGAAUUUUUUUUGUUUGUUUUUUUCAUUUGUAUUUUUUUAAACUAAU